AUGGGUGCUCUGGGAGGAAAAAUCAACCGGCCGCGAAUGGAGCUGAAGAAGCUGUUCAAGCGCAGGCGGGUGCUGAGCCGGGAGCAGAGGCUGAGGCGCUGGGUGGUGGGCGCGGUGGUAGAUGAAGGGCUGGCCACGCGGCACCACCUCAAGACGCGCGCGUCCAGUGCAUGUGCCAACAUGACUCUUUCGGGAAAGAAGCGCAGAAAGCUCUUGCAGCAGAUUCGCCUUGCCCAGAAAGAAAAGGCAGCUAUGCAAGUGGAACCCCCCUCAAAGCAAGCCAGGACUAGUGAGCCACAGCCUAAACGACAAAAGAAGGAAAAAGACACCCAGGAUGUAGAUAUGGAGGAUGUAGUUAUGGAGGACCUUGACAAUGUGAGCUGA